AUGCGACAUGAAGGUGAUGGAGUGGCUAAAGCGAUGGCCGCCCCUUUUCACUCCGUCUCGGAUAAGGCACGGUCAAGUGUGGCCUACUCGAAGUCUGCACUCCACAUAAAUGGCCAAUAUGUUGAACUCGACGAUUUCAAUGCGCCAGCCGACCCAAUUCCACCUCAAGGUCGAUCCGCCGCUUCCAAAUCUUCUCCCAGCAAAUUCUACUUCCCUAAUACUCUCUGGUCUCGCUUAUUUGCUAUUAUCGGGCUUCUCGAGACAUUUUUUACUGUCGGCAUUGAAAGUUGGGUUUUCAUCAGCGUCUCGAGACGGUUCAACGAGUACGACAACAAUGACGGUACAAUACGACUUCGGUCUUUCCUUGGCCUUUACAUCUUUGCUCUUGUCUACGAACUCGCCCUUUCCUACGAUGCGCUGAAGCGCAAGAAUACAUUUCAAUUGGUUGGACUUUGCCUUUGCAAUUUCGGGCUCUUCGUGUACGGAGUCGUCCAGAUGAAAGAGAUCAGAGAGACCAUUAGUGGUCUGUCAAUAAGCGAAGCUUCUGGAAAUCUACUUUGGAAACAUUACCAGAUAGAACUCAUUCUGAUCCCUGUGUUUAUUGGGGUCUGUACAAUUGCAAUGAUUUUCGUGACGUGGAGGUUGCGGGCCGAAAACUCGUGGAAUAUCUACCAAAGUAUGAGCGCCGAUUUACAAAUGAAUCGCCGCUAUUUCACAUACCAGGUCUAUAUUGCCCUACUAAAAUUCGAUUUCUUCUUCAUAUUCGGUACACAACUCCAAGUCCUACUUGCGAUGAACGAUUUCAAGGACAACGAUUUCAUAUUGCAGUCCGCUAUGAUUCCGGUAUCUAUUGUUAUUCUCAUCCUGGGAGCCCGUUUCUGUCGAUUGGAGAAGAAGAAAUCGCUUUCUGUCAUUAUGAUUUUUAUGCUUGUCAUUGCGGGGACUUUCGUAUUAAUGAUUCUACAAACAUACUCCUCGUCGAAAAGUAAUAACCUAGCUCACUUCAAAGUCUCUCUGACCCUAUUUUCUGGACUGGCGAUACUUUUACUGGGUAUCACCCUUGUUAACAUGGUGAUCUGCAUGGUCAACUUUGGAAAAGGACUGAAAGAAUACAUCAACCACUCCGAUAAGAAGAAGAAGACUCCAGAUCCAGAGUACCAGGGAAAUGUGGCCGGUAAACAACGGUUUGUUCUCACUUGA